AUGCUGCCACCUUACCUACUUGACGAUGUUCGUGGCCUCAUGCCCGAGUUAAAAAACUUGGCCGUUCACGAUCGAAGGCCUGAUUCAUCGUUAUCGAGGUCUACUUCGGAUGAACGUGCCAGCAACUUCCGUGUUUUAGUCGGAACAACCCUCGAUGCUGGCUUAAUCUUCAACCUCAAGGCAGUCGUCGGGGAUCAUGUAGAGAAAUAUCGAUUCUUAAAUAUCUCCGAGCUUGACGCCAUCGAAAACGCCGCCUACCUGGUAGAAGAUCGCCUUAUAAACAUCGUCGACAAGGUGCACGACACUCAGAAAGUGAUAGCCUACUGUAAGAUGUUAUUGCGAUCAACGGACCCCACGGUGACUCGUCACCGUAAACUAUACAAAAAGCAACUCAAAGAGUCUGGAGAAGAAUACAAACUUCAUAAGCGCACAUCAAAACGAUUCUACAAAGAUGUCGCGGAUCUUUGGGCACUACUAUCCGAAGAGACUAAGCGCACUUGCGACUUCGAGGAUGCCGCUGCAGCCACGGCCGUUCCCGAGCCUGCCGCAAACACAUCUGAGAACACAACUGAAUAA